AGAUUGACGCCAACCGAGCAGGAUGAAUAAUUGUGCAGCGCACUCCGCAUUUGUUAGCUGUUUUUCGAGACUUUCCUGUCCAUCAUUUCUUGCGUGAUGUGGGGUGGUGGUGAAAAUGAUGCAGCUACUUUGGAGAAUGAAGCCAUUGUCGAUGAAGAUAUAGUUGAUGAUGAAAUUAAUUUUGAUAGAGCUCUUCCGGGGCUUCACAAGUAUUUGGGAGGUGACUUCGUUGAAGUCACUGGUCGAACAUUUCUGGAGUCUGGAACUAAAGCUUGCAUGCCGGCCUUCUAUCGAUCUGGCGUGAUAUUGGUGCCCGGACAGUCUUUACCUGUCAAGCCGUACAGUUCAUACGAAUCCAGCCUUUUGUUGAAGAUUCAUCGGGACAAAAGACCUAUGACAUUUCUCCCGGGUUGCUUUGACCACGUAUCCUCCUUGGAUGAAAUGGUCGAUUUCGUCGGAACGACAGCAGAUCUUGUAGCUAUUAGUAUCCCAAGUGACAGCGAUGAGUCCACGAUACAUGCCAUUUUCGUCGGCAGACAACGGAUCUCAAUCAGCAAAGUCACUCGUGACGACUCCUUUUCUUUGGUCUGUCACGGUUCCAUUCUGCCUGAAUUGUCCACGAACCCGGAAAUGGCAUCUCAUCCUCUUGGCCACGGCCUCGUUCCUCGCUCUUGGUCGCGGUUCGGUAGUGAUCCGCGCACCACGCGCCCUAAAACUCAAAGCCACGAUCCGUUAGCAUCUGAGCCAGACGGCGUCGGUGUCAGCAGUGGCCCGAGUGGAAACAAACUUUCGCGGCGUUGGUCAUCGCGCGCCCGUCAAGAUUCUUCAUCCUCCGGUACAACUCAGACAAACCAUUGUUAUGUGCCUCCUGGUAAUCCGCUGUCCAUUUUCGAUUCUCGUGUGAGCACAUGGCGUCGGUACGGCCCUAUCAGUUCCGGUAGCCUCUCUUCUUCAUCUGGGAAUUCACCAGUCGAUCACUUCGACGGUGAUCCUCCGUCUUCUGAUCCCAUUGUCACCGAUCCUCAACAAGCAAGUCGUUCGGGACCCCCUCCAGCGAAGAGUUGCAAACCGUUGGAAGGAUUCGAUCCAGCUACUUCGACGUCAGCGGAAUCAGGCGUUGAAGCAAACGCUGUAAAUCAAGACGCUGUCACCGAAGAUGUUGAAUUGAUUAUGGAUAGAGCGGUGGAUAGAGUUGGUCGGCCAUUUAGAUAUCGAAUUCGUCAGCCUUGUCAUCCUCGCUUGCUUGCUCGUCGCGAUAUGCUUGCAGCAGUGGCCACCAGUUUUGCUCCUCUGCCUGUUUGGAUUUACAGGCAAUACGACUUGAAUUACCUGGUAACUGCGAUUCAAACAGAAUUACUUAGUUGGAACGAUACUUGGCAAGUGGAUCGCUUCCGCCCCGACUUGGCCGUUCCAUUCUCCUACUGGCUUGUCCAAAACCUCCCCAUGUCCGGACUCUUAAAGGCCCAUAUCCUCGGGAUCAAUCACGUUGUACCGCGACUAAGAGCGCUUUUGGAUGUCGUCCGACGCUCCGCUGCCUGCGUUUGCGUGUACUGCGAUUGGAACAUCACAUCCAACCGGUUCAUCAUCUGCUUAGCUCAAGAAGGCAGCUUCCAGACCUACGUCAAUCCAUCCGGAGUGCUUCACGACAUUGUCACGGUCAGUCAAGUCCUCCCGAACUCGGUCACCUUAGUGGGGCCUGCAUCCGAGGAGUACUCUUGGUUUCCUGGCUACAGUUGGACAAUUGCCAAUUGUUCGAACUGCUCACAUCAUCUCGGAUGGCUGUUCAACGCAGUCAAGGAGAACUUGCGCCCCGUUCGAUUCUGGGGGAUACGGCGCCAAGCGGUUGUCCCAGGCUUAAUAAAUUCCCCCGACUGGCGUCCAUGCAUAUGAAAUCGCGGUCUGAACAAUUUCUUCUAGUCAUCUCCGCGGACUUUAAACGGUCUUCCACCUCAGUCAUGUGGUGGUCAUCUUUAUUCUUCACAUGCGUUUUUUCGCUCCAUCCUGUGAAAUCCGCGAUCAUUUAGCUUGUAAUUUCUGGAAACCGUAGUUGUAUAUAUGAUCAUUUUGCUCCAGGACAAUCAUCACUGCUGCUGUUCUCCACUCUGCGGUACUCCCAUGCAAUCAUCAUCAUCAUCAUUGUUUUCAUCCGAUGCAAACUUGCCAUCCCAAAAAUACACUGAUCAGCUC